AUGAUGGACACAGCUGUGCCCUCUCAUUUCACCCAAGACCAUUUGCCAGAGCAAGUGAUAAAAGUUUCAUUCCAAAAUGUGGUACUAAGAAGAUAUGAAAACUGUGGCCUUGAGAAUUUGAACUUAAUGAAAGACUGGGAAAUCGUGAGUGAGUGCAGGGAGCAGAAAGGAUGUAAUGGUGGACUUCACGAAUAUUCACCAACAACCCAUGGCAAAAUCUUCCAAUGUCAUAAGUGUUUCAAAGUCUGUAAAAAAUUGUCAAAUCAAAACAGACAUAAGAUCAGACAUACUGUAGAGAAAUCUGUUAAAUGUAAAGAAUGUGGGGAAGUGUUUAACCAAUGCUCACACAUUACUGAACAUAAGAGAAUUCAUACUACAGAGAAACCCUACAAAUGUGAAGAAUGUGGCAAAGCGCUUACCUGGUGCUCACACCUUAAUAUACAUAAAAGAAUUCAUACUGGAGAGAAACCCUAUCAAUGUGAAGAAUGUGGGAAAGCCUUUAACCGGUACUCUCGCCUUAAUAUACAUAAGAGAAUUCAUACUGGCGAGAAACCCCACAAGUAGAAACCCCACCAAUGUGAAGAAUGUGGCAAAGACUUUACACACUACUCACGCCUCACUAGACAUAAGAGAAUUCAUACUGGAGAGAAACCCCUCAAGUGUGAAGAAUGUGGCAAAGCCUUUGCCUGGUCCUCAAACUUUAAUAUGCAUAAGAGAAUUCAUAGUGGAGGAAAACCCUACCAGUGUGAAGAAUGUGGGGAAGCCUUUCCCUGGUACUCUCACCUUACUAAACAUAAGAGAAUUCAUAUUGGAGAGAAACCCUACCAAUGUAAAGAAUGUGGCAAGGCCUUUGCCUGGUCCUCAAACUUUAAUAGGCGUAAGAGAAAUCAUACUGGAGGAAAACCCUACCAAUGUGAAGAAUGCGGCGAAGACUUUACACAGUACUCACGCCUCACUAGACAUAAGAGAAUUCAUACUGGAGAGAAACCCUACCAAUGCGAAGAACGUGGCAAAGCCUUUGCCUGGUGCUCAAACCUUAACAUACAUAAGAGAAUUCAUACUUUAGAGAAACCCUACAAAUGUUAAGAAUGUAGCCAAGCCUUUGCCCAGUGCUCACACCUUACUGAACACAAAAGAAAACACACCGUAGAGAAGCUUUUCAAAUGUAAAGAAUAUGGAAAAGCCUUUAACCAAUGCUCACACAUUACUGAACAUAGCAGAAUUUUUACUGGAGAGAAAUAUUACAAGUGUGAAGAAUGUGGCAAAGCCUUUAGCCAUUUUGCACAUCUUAGUGCACAUAAAAGACUUCACACUGGAGCGAAACCCUACAAAUGUGAGGAAUGUGGCAAAUCCUUUAAACGGUACUCAUACCUCUCUGAACAUGAGAGAGUGCAUACUGGAGAGAAACCAUACAAAUGUGAAGAAUGUGGCAAAGCCUUUAAAUAUUGCUCAGGACUUUGUCGUCAUAAGAGAAUUCGUAUGGGAGAGAAAGCCUACAAAUGUGAAGAAUGUGGCAAAUCCUUUAAACGGUACUCAUACCUCUCUAAACAUAAGAGAGUGCAUACUGGAGAGAAACCGUACAAAUGUGAAGAAUGUGGCAAAGCCUUUAAAUAUUGCUCAGGAUUUUAUUUUCAUAAGAGAAUUCAUAUGGGAGAGAAAGCCUACAAAUGUGAAGAAUGUGGCAAAUCCUUUAAACAGUACUCAUACCUCUCUAAACAUAAGAGAGUGCAUACUGGAGAGAAACCGUACAAAUGUGAAGAAUGUGGCAAAGCCUUUAAAUAUUGCUCAGGACUUUGUCGUCAUAAGAGCAUUCAUACAGGAAAGAAAGCCUACAAAUGUGAAGAAUGUGGCAAAUCCUUUAAACGGUACUCAUACCUCUCUGAACAUAAGAGAGUGCAUACUGGAGAGAAACCGUACAAAUGUGAAAAAUGUGGCAAAGCCUUUAAAUAUUCCUCAGGAUUUUAUCGUCAUAAGAGAAUUCAUACUGGAGAGAAACCCUACAAAUGUGAAGAGUGUGGCAAAGCUUUUAAACAGUACUCACACCUCACUGGGCAUAAGAGAAUUCAUACUGAAGAGAAACCCUACAAAUGUGAAGAAUGUGACAAAGCUUUUAAAGAGUACUCAUACCUCACUGGGCAUAAGAGAAUUCAUACAGAAGAGAAACCCUACAAAUGUGAAGAAUGUGGCAAAGUUUUUAAAUAUCGCCCAAGCCUUUCUCAUCAUGAGAAAAUCCACACUGGCGUGACACAGUAAAAAUGUGAAGAAUGUGGCAAAGCCUUUAGCCAUUACUCACAACUUAGGGUACAUGAAAGAAUUCACACUGGAGAGAAACCCUGGAAAUGUGAAGAAUGUGGCAAAACCUUUACCUGGUGCUCUUAUCUUACUAUACAUGAGAUAAUUCACACAUGA